GCAAGGCUUAAGAAUAGAUGGUGCUCAUUCCUUUAUGAAAUCUGAGAAUUAGUUCAAGGAACUUGUCAGUUAUGUCAUUAUGGAUGAAAAACAAAAAGAAGCAAAUUCAGGCCAAGAUUUAUGAAAAACUACACUACUAUGAGAGGCAGAAUCCUGUGCCCAUCCUCCACAGCGCAGCAGCCUUGGCGGAUGAUCUGGCUGAAGAGCUGCAGAACAAGCCAUUAAAUAGUGAGAUCAGAGAGCUGUUGAAACUACUGUCAAAACCCAAUGUGAAGGCUUUGCUCUCUGUGCAUGACACUGUGGCUCAGAAGAAGUAUGAUCCAGUAUUGCCUCCUAUGCCUGAUGAUAUUGAUGAUGAGGAAGACUCAGUAAAAAUAAUCCGUCUGGUCAAAAAUAGAGAACCCCUGGGAGCCACCAUUAAGAAAGAUGAGCAGACUGGGGCCAUCAUUGUGGCUAGAAUCAUGAGAGGAGGGGCUGCAGACAGAAGUGGUCUUAUUCAUGUUGGUGAUGAACUUAGGGAAGUGAAUGGGAUACCAGUUGAGGAUAAAAAGCCUGAAGAAAUCAUUCAGAUUUUGGCUCAGUCUCAAGGAGCAAUUACAUUUAAGAUCAUACCCAGCAUCAAAGAGGAGACACCAUCUAAAGAAGGCAAGAUGUUUAUCAAAGCCCUCUUUGACUAUGACCCUAAUGAGGAUAAAGCAAUUCCAUGUAAGGAAGCUGGGCUUUCUUUCAAAAAGGGAGAUAUUCUUCAGAUUAUGAGCCAAGAUGAUGCAAUGUGGUGGCAAGCGAAGCAUGAAGGUGAUGCCAAUCCCAGGGCAGGCUUGAUUCCUUCGAAGCACUUCCAGGAAAGGAGAUUGGCUCUGAGACGACCAGAAAUAAUAGUUCAGCCCCUGAAAAUUUCCAACAGGAAAUCAUCUGGUUUUAGAAGAAGUUUCCGUCUAAGUAGAAAAGAUAAGAAAACAAAUAAAACCAUGUAUGAAUGUAAGAAGAGUGAUCAAUAUGAUACAGCUGAUGUACCCACAUAUGAGGAAGUAACCCCAUAUCGGCGACAAAUGAAUGAGAAAUACAGACUUGUUGUCUUGGUUGGUCCUGUAGGUGUAGGUUUGAAUGAACUGAAACGAAAGCUGCUGAUCAGUGAUACACAGCACUAUGGUGUGACAGUGCCCCACACUACCAGAGCAAGAAGAAGCCAGGAGAGUGAUGGUGUUGAAUAUAUUUUCAUUUCCAAGCAUUUGUUUGAGACAGAUGUGCAAAAUAACAAGUUUAUUGAAUAUGGUGAAUAUAAAAACAACUACUAUGGCACAAGUAUAGACUCAGUUCGGUCUGUCCUAGCUAAAAACAAAGUUUGCUUGUUGGAUGUUCAACCUCAUACAGUGAAGCAUUUAAGGACACUAGAAUUUAAGCCCUAUGUGAUAUUUAUAAAGCCUCCAUCAAUAGAGCGUUUGAGGGAGACAAGAAAAAAUGCAAAGAUUAUUUCAAGUAGAGAUGACCAGGGUACUGCGAAGCCUUUUACAGAAGAAGACUUUCAAGAAAUGAUUAAAUCAGCACAGAUAAUGGAAAGUCAGUAUGGUCAUCUCUUUGACAAAAUUAUAGUUAAUGAUGAUCUCACCAUGGCAUUCAAAGAACUAAAAACAACUUUUGACAAAUUGGAGACAGAGACUCAUUGGGUCCCAGUGAGCUGGUUACAUUCAUAACUAA